CUGGUGAACAGUCUGAUCUUCGUAAAACUGAUCAACUAUUUCUUUAAUAAGUAUAAAGUCCGUUCAUUAUGUUCCGCUGUCAAACAUUACAGCCUGCCAGGCAUUCUGUGAUCGUAAACCGAACGAAUUCUUCGAGCUACAGAUGAGGGAGCUUCUGGAGCAGGUCGAGGAGACCUGGAAGAUAAUCCAAGUGGGUCCACGUAAUGAAAUAUUGCGGAGCUACGCGGAACAAAGCAAAACCUACACGAUAAGAUACGCGUUGGUUUUUUACUUGGUGUGGCUCUUUUAUUGUACGACGCCGCUCGUCGUCAGCUGGACAUACGAACUUCUACCGAUGAAUGUGACCUACACGGCCAGAUUCCUUUAUCGUUUAGAGCACGUUUGCGAUGUGGACAAAUACUUCAGUCUGCUGAUGCUUCACGCCUUCAUCAGCGUAUUCUACAUAGUGGCAGUGCCGAUCGCGAUCGACACGUUGUUUAUACUUUGCAUCCAGCAUGCCUGCGCGUUGUUUGAGAUCAUACAGUACGACAUGACGCGCAUACAAGGCUCGGAUUUUGCGACCUCUGAGCCGGACAUUGUGAACGACGAACAAUAUCAUAAAAUAAUUGACUGUAUCAGAUUGCACAAAUACGUGCUCAAGUUAGUGUCACUUGGAUGUACUCUUUAGUUAUGCACACUUAUCUCGCAUUCUCGAGGAAAGUUUUCUUUCCCUUAUUUUUCUAUACAUUUGAUUUAUCAAGUAACAAUUGCAAGUUAUUCGGAUUUCGACAGCUUCGAAUAAUGAGGCAAAUAAACAGGGAUGACUGUACUUUAUAUAAUUUUCGUACGACAUUUAUGAGCUCCGGAGCAAUUUAACCCUUCGCGUACAAUUAUACAUUUUAGAAUGUCGAUCUAAGUCUGUUAGAGCUGAGCAACUUUGAAUCACCGUAACUUCGGUGAAAAUUGAUAUUUUAAGACACAUUUCUUUUCAGAGAUGUAGAAAAACCUUAGCUAUAAGAUAGCGCAAUAAAAUCAAAAUCUGUAAACAGA